AUGCAACUAGCGUUCAUCGGACUAUUGGCCUUCUGGGUUGGUGUAACGCGUGCUCAUUUCCGUUUGUUGUACCCUGCACCUCGUGGUGUCUUCGUGUCUGACACUGAACCUGAUUUCUGUGGCAAGUGGUUAUACCAACGCGCUGGAGUGUUGUUGUCCACCGUGCGGAACCCCACGUCCUUCGAUAACUUUACGUCUAAUGGAGAACAACAACUUGUACGCUAUUGGGCUCGUGAAGCGAAUGGGGGAACAUUUUGCAUUCCGUUACCUCUCAAUUCCACAGGGAUUACAGGAGUUGAGGACGGCGCCAACGUCACGAUUCAGUGCGCCGACUUGACACUGUCCAGCAGCUAUGAAAUCCCAUCCAAUGUGACAUGCUCCAAUACGACGACAACGACGGCGACCUCAAGUUCUGCUUCUCAGACAACUACUAGUAGCACAACGUCGCAAGCCGCUGAUUCAGACAGUGCUCUUGGGAUGUCUGUCAGUCCAAUCUACCCUGCUGUAGCAGUUUUCGCGGCUGCAAUCUUGUCGUUCCUCUAA